AACGGAGUCCUGAGGUUACAUAGGAGCUGGUACAGGAUGGUGGGCUUACACACGGGGUCGGACGGGCUAUGGGACUGCACAGCGGACGGGAGGCAUGCCGGGGUCGGUCACACUGUACGGGGCCAACACGAGCACUGUCCCGGGGUGAUCGGAGCCGCCACGGCGCAGACCCCUCUGCCCCCCACCUCCAUCCCGCCCAACAUGGCGGCGGCCCCGCUCCUCUCAGCGCCGCAGCGCCCUCCCGCGCGCGGGAAGCGCCGGACGUUCGGAAUGUUACACUUCCGGGAUAGGAGGCGGGCCGCGCUCGCGGCGACAGCCAAUCAGCGUUCAGCGCGCGCCGCCGCGGCGCGAAAUUCGAACGUGGAGCGCGCGCUUCCCGGUGCCGGUUCGCGUUCCGCCAUUUGCGGGUCCGAAUCGCCAGGUUUGGGGUUUUGGGGGUUUGUUUGGUUUUUUUUCCGCUCCAGCGUCACCAACGGGGGCAAAACCACGCUGACCAACAGGAUCGUCAAGGCGCUGCCCAACUGCUGCGUCGUGCACCAGGAUGACUUCUUCAAGCCCCAAGACCAAAUAGAAGUCGGGGAGGACGGCUUCAAGCAGUGGGACGUGCUGGACUCCCUGGAUAUGGAGGCCAUGGUGAGCACGGUGCGUGCCUGGAUGGAGAACCCAGUCAAGUUCGCCCGUUCCCAUGGGGUGAAUGUCACUCCCGACCCUACAGAGCCUCCCUCCAAAGAGCCCCACAUUCUGCUCAUCGAAGGCUUCCUGCUUUACAACUACAGACCCCUGAUGGAGCUCUUCGACCUCCGCUACUUCCUGGCAGUGCCGUACGAUGAGUGCAAACGGAGGAGGAGUACGCGCAGCUACACCGUCCCUGAUCCCCCCGGCCUCUUCGAUGGCCACGUGUGGCCCAUGUACCUGAAACACCGCAAGGAGAUGGAGGACAACGGGGUCGAUGUCGUCUAUUUAGAUGGGCUGAAGAGCAGAGAGCAGCUCUACGACGAAGUCCUGGAGGACAUCAGGAACAGAUUGCUGAACCGCCCCCCAGGGCCCCCAAAGAGCUGAGGGACCCCACGCUCAGAUGUAAAUACUACUUAACGCCGCCGUCGGAACGAGGGUCGAUUUGGGAAACGUCUUUUGUAUAUAAUUGAGAACUGAAGAUAAUUUAUUUGCAACCGUGCCGGGCAGGAUUUGUUAUUUUAUUUUUUUUAAUAUUCCACCACGUUUUGCCAGAAGUUGGGAACUCUUUUAUUUUUCCUGAUGGAAAGAACAGAGGCCGCCUUUGGGACCCGGCCGCUCCGCACCGCCGUCGUUCCCAUGCAGUAAAACCAGUUCCAAUCUCUCCUUUCA